GUUCUUGGCAGGGCUGUACCCUGAGAAGGGAGCUGAGCACCUGAAGCAAUCACUUUAGGGUGGGUCCAGCUUAGGGGCCGUUUGCAAGAUCCUGGCCUGGGGGAAAGGUGUGGGCUGCUGGGCUUGGCAGGAAGAGGGGGUUUCAUGUUUCUGAGCGGUUUCUGAGUUCCCAUGGAUCUUCCCUGGGCCUGGAGCUAAAAGGAGGGAGGCUGUGGGAACAGGAGCUCCUGGGACCCGUGGCUUCACGGAGGCCAAAGUUGCUCCCACUGCCUGCCGUACCUGGAGCCCCGAGAGCAGGCAGCCCAGGCACUGGUAGCAGUGGCAGCGAGGCCGUGGCAGCGUUCCCAGCAGAGGAUGCCCCCGGCCCUGGAGCGCGCCGAGGGCUGCUGGGCCUGGGUGGUCCUGCUGGCCGCCGUGGUGGCCCAGGGCCUCACCCUGGGCUUCCCCACGUGCAUCGGCAUCUUCUUCACUGAGCUACAGUGGGAGUUCCAGGCCAACAACAGCGAGACCUCCUGGUUCCCCUCCAUCCUGACGGCCAUGCUCCACGCGGGGGGACCCCUGUGCAGCAUCCUGGUGGGACGCUUCGGCUGCCGAGCCACAGUGAUGGUGGGGGGCGUGCUGGCCAGCCUGGGCAUGGUGGCCAGCUCCUUCUGCCGCACCCUCGGCCAGCUCUACCUCACAGCAGGCUUCUUCACAGGCCUGGGCUUGUGCUUCAGUUUCCAGUCGACCAUCACCGUUUUGGGCUUCUAUUUCACCCGCCGGCGGGCGCUGGCCAACGCUGUGGCUUCGGUGGGCGUCUCCCUGGGCAUCACACUCUGGCCGCUGCUGGCCCGCCACCUCCUGGAGGAACUGGGCUGGAGGGGCACCUUCCUGGUCUUCGGCGGGGUUUUCCUCCACUGCUGCGUCUGCGGCGCCAUCCUGAGGCCCGUGGCCCCCAGCGUGGCCCCUGCACCCAGAGAAGGCCCUUCUGUGCCCUCCAAGACACCGGCGCCCGGCUGCCUGGCCGCAUGUGGCCGGGCCAUCCUGCGCCACCUGGCCUUCGACAUCCUGUGGCACAACGCUGGCUACCGCGUGUUCACGCUGGGUGUCACGUGGAUGAUCCUCGGUUUCCCGCUGCCACAAGUCUUCCUGGUGCCGUUCGCCAUGCGGCACGGGAUCGACGAGCACAAGGCCGCCCUGCUCAUCUCCAUCAUCGGCUUUAGCAACAUCUUCCUGCGGCCCAUGGCCGGGCUGGUGGCCGGCCGCCAGAACUUCGCCAGAUAUCGCAAGUACCUCUUCAGCCUCGCAGUUCUGCUCAACGGGCUCACCAACCUGGUGUGCACGGUGUCGGCCAACUUCCGAGUGCUGGUGGUCUACUGCCUGGUGUACAGCGUGUCCAUGAGCGUGGUGGGCGCCCUCUUCUUCCAGGUCCUCAUGGACGUGGUCCCCAUGGAUCGGUUCUCCAGGGCCCUGGGCCUCUGCACCAUCCUGGAGAGCAUCUCCAUCCUCAUCUCCCCGCCAAUGGCUGGGCUCGUCCUGGACAACACUGACAGCAACUUCAGCUACGUCUUCUACAUGUCAAGCUUCUUCCUCGUCUCCGCCGCCCUCUUCAUGGGUGGCGGCUUCUGUGCGCUUCAGAAGAAGGAGAGGCAGGGCAGGCCGGCCGAGGCGGAAGCAGCCGUCCCGGAGUCGGCCCCGCUGCGGGCCCUCGGCAGGGAGGACACAGGCAGUCCGGAGAAGCGGCUGUGCACCGAAGAAAUCAUGUAUGUGACCAGCGUCUGAACCCCAGGAUCACAUGUGUGACCGGCAUCUGAGCCCCGAGGGCAGUGAGCGAACACUGCCUCCGCCCAGGAACGCGAUGUCCUGCUGUUUCACCGGGUGAAGCCUGAACCAAAGGGCUGGCCGGCCCGCCCCGCAGGUCGGGACUCAGCCAGGGGCUGGGGCCUUGGAGGCUGGCCUCCGAAGACUCAGGGUUCCUUCCGACGAGCAGAAUCCAGGAGCCGGUCCUCCUGACUUUUUUCCUUGGGCACCAGGGUACUUGGGGCCCAAGAAGGUGGGUCUGAGCUCUGCUUGGGUCUCUCAUGGCCGACGGGGCUCAGCUGGCUGCCCACUGCCGCUGCUACAACUCAACACACCGGGCCUUCAGGUCCAGCCUGGAUGCUUCUGAGGUGGCCUCUCUGUCCUUCUCCAGCUCCAGACAGUUCCAAAGAGCCCCCUAAGCCCUCCUGCCCCCCUUCCUCCCUGUGGCCCAGCCCUUGCCCUCGGGGCUGCCCCCAGCACCAGUUGCUGGGCCUCCCACUGAUUGGGACUCGGGAAGAAGGGCCUUGGGAGAGAAUUGGUGGUGGCCUGCAGCCGUGGGUGGCCAAGCUGCGGAUGAGCCUGGAUGCCGGGUUCGGACAGAUUAAAUGCUGGCGGAGCGCCUGUCCUGGCGUCUGUGCAGCCGUGGGUGGCCAAGCUGCAGAUGAGCCUGGAUGCACGGUUCAGACAGAUUAAAUGUCGGUGGAGCCCCUGUCCUGGCGUCUGUGCAGAGAAUCGGAGGGGAGCACCUGACUUGGGUCCUUGAAUCAGUGAAGUCUGAGGAACCCCUACACCAGCGGUUCUCAACCUGUGGGUCGCCACCCCUUUGGGGGUCGAACGGCCCUUUCACAGAGGUCGCCUAAGACCAUCGGAAAACACAUAUAUAACUACA